UGGAUCAAGAGUUCAAAAAUUUGGCACUUUUUUAAAUAAUUUGAUUCCAUUUAAACCCUUCCCAACAUAGCAUUGUCACAUUAACCUGGUGUCAGUAUGUGUGUGAUUCAUUUUUCUGGUAUUCUGUUAUGUAGGAAUAUAUCUUCCUGUUACUCAUGGUCAUAUCUUUUCUCAGUCUUACUUCUGCUUUUCCUCUUGUCCUUGCAUCAUCCUCAAGUAACAAAAACACUCCUUAGUAAUUCAACUCUGUUUCUGAAACAUGACUAAACCUUCUAGGGAGUCUCAUUUCGUUCUGCCUCUGUUUGCUCAUGAAUGUGGUAAUUUCUGAUUCUGUUCCUUAGUCUUACAACUCAUCCUUUUCAACAUCCUCAUCUUUUAGCAAUGCUCAUUUUAUGGACAUUUGGUUCUUAAUCACUUGGCAUUAGGUAACAGGUUCUUACAAACUUGGUCCCACUUUUCAUGACAUGGGGAGCGUUGUAUGGACAUCACUCAGCUAUGGAGCCUAGGCCACCAAUAUCAUUAUUGUAUCAUCUUAUGAGCUUUUACUGUUUGCCAGUUGCUUUCCAUUUUCAACAUGAACAACCCCUACGGUGAAGAUCAAGAUGACACUACUGUUGUAGGUUUUGAAGUUCCAAAAUCACCUGAUUCAAGCUACAAUAACGUGUACCCUGGGCACGAAGAUGAGGCAAAGGACCCACCUCCUGUCCCUCCACACCUGCUACACCCCUUGCUCAGCCAUCCGUCAAGCAGAGACACUUCUGGGACUCUUCCAGUGCCGCAGAAUGUGAUUCUCAACCAUCUUUACAUUGAAAAUAGGGAGACCCCACGAUCUGUGGUGGCGCUUGGUAUCACUCACCGUUUCCGAUCAAAAUUUGUUACAGUAGUGCUUUACAAGCCAGUUCAAAGAAGUGCUAGUACCAGCACUUAAUGUGCAUACAUGUAAACCUUCAUUAGGAUUGCUUGUCUGUCCUUGUUUUGACGGGGAGGAGAGUGAUUACAGAACCCAAAUAGGAAAAUUGAAGAAUGUUUAUCGCCUUGAGAGGCCUAUGAACCUAGAUUUUGUUUCAUCAUUUGACUUUCAAUUUCUCUGGACUUGAAUUAUCAAUGCCAUCUUAUGAGGGUAGAUCCCCCAUUCAUUUA